AUGUCCAGUGGUGAUAUCAGUGAGAAGCAUGACAUCGACACUCUUCGGCCAAUUCGAACAGCCGAGAGUGUCUUUCUUCCUGUAUCUCGCGAUGUGUUCGAAAAGCUUUACUUGAGCCCCAAACAUCCGUCGGUGAAAGGUGACUUGCGUAAGCAAGUAGGUAAUCCUACUCCAAUAUCACUUAUUGGAUUUCUGGUAGCUGCCACCCCAAACGCCUUUAUAACGCUGGGUAUCAGGGGAAGUGGCGAGAAUGGUGCCGCAAUACUGCCCGUGUUCAUUUUCUUUGGGGGACUUAUACAAAUCCUGGGCGGUAUUGGGGAAUGGAUUAUUGGGAACACAUUUUCAUGCGCUCUGUUCUUUACCUAUGGCACGUUUUGGAUCGUACAAGGAACAGGUCUCAUGCCCUUUUUUGCAACGGGGCUUCACUACUCAUCGACCGGUAAUGCACUGGAGGGAAUGCAAACUCCAUCAUAUAACGCUACCAUGGCGUUUUACUACGUUGCCUUAGCAAUCCUUACCUUUGUGUACACAAUAUGUUCAAUCCGAACCAACAUCUGCCUUUUCACCGCUCUUUUCCUCCUCGUUAUUACCUUUUCCCUAUUCGCCGCCACCUACUUCCAACUGGCGCUGGGAGAGAUUGCUCUUGCUGCUCGACUUCAAAUGGCUGCAGGUGCAUUCAGUCUCGCUUUGGUUAUACCCAUUUGGCAUAUCUUCAUUGCGCAAAUGUUGGAAGCAGUGGACUUUCCGAUUGCGAUCCCAGUGGGUGAUUUGAGCACAGUUAUAUUGGGAAGAAGUCAGAAGAUGCAGAUGCGGACAGAAGAGUAG